UGCGAAUUGGUUUGAAGCAAAGCUCAACGCAAACUCUACGAAUUUAAACUUGGCGGGAUUUUUCAGUACAUAUACUGUCACUAUUUAUAAUAGCAGCACUAAAGUGUCAAUUGCUGUGUUGUCAACUGGGCCUAGCCUUUUUUUUAUUAUAUUGUUGAUAAGCCUGUGAUUGUGAACAAAAGGUGAUUAGAAAAACACUUUCGUUAUUUUCUGUUAUUCAAUUUCUUCGUGGUUUAAAACAUCUAGUGAGCUGAAUGUAUUCUGUAUUCGAUCCCAAAUAUUGACGGUGUUUGAUUUAAAAAGAAUAAAAACUAUCUGUUGGACAUUGUUUUGGAUUCAUGAGCUCGAAACAAAUCGACGCAUUAGUGAUUUUCAUUUGAUUCGGCAUCGAAAUGGGUGACAAGAGAAGCGACAUGGGAUUCCAAUCAGAAAAUAAGAAAGAAAAGACGAACGAUGAUAACGAUCAGAAUCAAUGUUAUGAGACAAUGUCAUGUGACGAAAAACAGUCCCAACCUUGGAACAAAAGUGAUAGUCGAAACCGAAGUCAAAAUGAACAAAAUCCAAAUCUCAGCAAAAAUGCAUUGGCCGUAGCCGAACCACCAAACGACGAAUCUUCAGCACGUAUGUUCACGCUCAAUAUCGAUUGCCUCGAAGAGCUGUUCGAAUGGUUAUCCAUAAAGGAUUUAUUUACUCUUCGCCAAACAUGUAAGCGAUUAAAAAAGGUGGCCGACUACUACAUCAAAACGAAUUACCCGAAAAUUGGGAAAUUCUCCCUAAAUGGCCAAACAUUUAAAAAACUUCUUGGAAUGGACCUCAAUUCGAUAAAUUUGAUUAAAGAAAUCGAUGUGUCAAUUGGGCCUGAUUUUGAUGCAUCCCAAUUUGUGCAUAUCAAAGAUUUUCUCAACAAAAUCCAGUACAUAUACAUUAGAGGAUGGAAAUCUGAUCCCAAUAUCUAUGACGUUUUCCUGAAAUAUUGCAACAACAUGAAAUUACUAUUGCUUGAAAAUUUUCAGACAAUAGGAUGUGUCAUCAUCAGCAAUGAGUGGUUGAGGCAUCAAUACCCAUCGCUUGAAUAUGUUCACAUCGAAAAUAUGCCGAAAGAUGAAAUUGAUGAAUUUGUAAGAUUUUUCCGGAUGAAUCCGAACAUCCAUGCGAUAUCAGUUGAUUUUAAUUCUCUUGUUGAAAAUGCAUUACAUUUGUCUGCGAACGGCAUAACAUUUGAACGGCUAUACAUUUUUAUGUUAAUCCGUGACGAGAUGAACUUACUGCCAAGACUUUAUGAUGAAGGAUUUUACAAGCGUCUAAAUUUGGCUGACACUUUCGCAGUGAAUGAAGAGAUUCGGAAUAUCCCAUCAACUGGAACACAGACACUGCACCUCCAUCGUCUGUAUUUUGUCAUUCCACCACUACCAAAUCUAAAGGAACUAAGAGUAGUUGACCCACGCCAAUUUGAUGGAAAAUAUGAAUAUGCAAAAGACACCGUUGAACGUGUCUAUAUUGGGACAAAUAUAUCUGUUAAUAUGGAGACAUAUAAAACAACCACCGAGCAAGUUUUUGCUUUCAUACAAAAUUGCCCGAAAUUAAAACAUUUUAUGAUUUCACAUUUGCUUAAUGAGAGUGCACUCAAUUUGAUUGCACUUAACAAAGAACGAAAGAAAUUGGCCGGAGCUUGCAAAACCACAAUAUAUGUUGAGGAUAAGGUAUUCAUUGCGACGAAAUGGGCCAAAGAAAAGACGAACUACGAUUUGAUUGAAUUAAAACGGCAUCAAGCUCGUGACUGGGCACUAAAUUUUGAGAACGACCCUUGCGGUAGAUGUGUGGAGAAAUCGAUGAAAUAGAAUGGGAAAUAUUAUUCAUGUACCCAAUGAAUUUGCCAGAUUGAAAGUAUUUUGUCUGCCGAGAGCGUAUACGGUUAAGCUUCAUCCAAGAUCAAUGUUUUUUUUUCAAAUUCAGAAUAAGCAAUAAAUUGUAUGCACAAAUAAUGAAUGUUUAAACAGCUUUCUUUGAAAACUGUAGAAAAAAACACACACACACACACUUUAAAAUGCGAACGAUUCGAUUUUUCAUCCGAUCGAAACGUGCAAAGGAUUUAUGACAUUUGAACACGCUCGAAAACACUUAACUGAUCUUUUUUCUGCUCUCGAUUUCAUAUUCCAGUUCAAACGGUUUCAGCAACAGCAACAGCAACAACAACAGAUAUACGUCGUUAUUGUGGCGAUAAGUUGCAGAAGGCGUCCGAAAACAAGAUCAAUGAGCAUUAAUCAACUCGUGCGUCUGUGUUUGAUAUCAAAUGCCAAAUAUCAUUUUUUAUUCAAUUUGUAAAUUGAAUGAAUAGAAAAUACGAUGCCAAAUAUAUUAUGCAAAAAACGCACACACAUUAAACCAGUAUGUACUUGUGCGCAUGCGGCUGAUGAGUUUUAUUUUCUGGUCUUUUUUUCUGUCUCUCUCUGUCUUCACCAUUAGAUCACCGUCAGUAUUGAAUUCACUAUUGGAUCAAAUUCAAUGACGUCAAUAAGAACCGACAAAAAGAAGAAAGCAAUUGCCUGAACAUUCAUGUGGCCAUUCAUUCAACUCAAUCCCCUCAUGAUAUUGCUACUUUUAACAUUUUAUCGCUCGUAUCUAAAUAUUUGUUCGAUACGAUUAAUUCGUUUAGCACGCUGUUAGAUUAUUAUUAUUAUUAACCGGAUUUGAGUUGAGAAAAAAAAAUGACGAUCUUUCGAUUCAACCAACAAAAAACAAAAAAAACUACACCACCCAUUUGAAUCCACGAUAAAUCAUACGAUUUUUAUCCGAUCCAUUUCACUUUUUAUCGGCACGAUUGGCCACAUUAUAAUAUGGUGUUGAAUUUGCCGGUUCUGAAUCAUACCCUCUGCUGAAAGCGAAUACGGUCGAAGCGUGUAUCCAAGGGAAAUGUUUCUUUAUAUUUAGAAUGAGCAAAAAAUUAUUUGCAUACGUAAGAUAUACAUAUAUCCUCGCCAAUAAAAAAAAAGGUAGAGAAGAUAUUAUUUAGUCAAACGAGUUUCAUUUUUCGAGCAUCAUAUCAUUCAAUGAAUGAUAUUCAUUAACAGCUCCAACUUCUUUUUUGUUCCUAGUCUGCGGCUUCUUUUUCCCGCAAAUUACACCUUGUACGAGUACCAGACAGGCGGUAAGUGACACGGAAAUAAAAAAGUGGCUUUGGUGUAUUCCGGUAUAAAAUGUUUUUUCCAUUUUUUUUUUAUUCAAUUUUGUACAAUGGUUUUCUUCGAUUUAUUUACUUGUUUUCUUUAAAUUAAAUUAAAAUAGUUACUAAUUUUCCUGUUCGAUGUGUUUUUCUUCAUCAUCUUAAUAUUUUGUUGUUGUUGUUUUGUUUCCUCUUACAUGGUUGUGAUAGCGUUUUGGUUAAAUACGCUCGUUUGUUUCAAAUUGCCUCUCAUCACACUUCCGUUCAUCAAUUUUGUUUUUUUUUGUUAUCUAAAUUCUAACUCUCUUUUGCAUCUUAUCAAUGCUAAAAAUAAUCAGAUGGAAUAAUUUAGA